ACGUUUAGUUGUAAUAAUCAACGAUUUGAUUAUUACGUAUGUACGUGCAACAACCAUACGAAUCAGAAGCAUUACCUAUUCAAAUCGAAAUAUAGGUACUAAUACAUAGCAUAUACCUAUUAUAUUUUUUUCUCUAUCAACGAUCUGAAAAUCCUAAGCCUAUUUCUUCAUUUUAUUGAUCGUAGCGUUAUAACUUGCUGUUAAACAUAUUAUUAGCAGUGUUUGGCCGCAGAUUUUUCAUUCAGCUGCCAGAGCUUCGCCGUUUUACCUCCUGAAAAUCAAACCAUUUGCACGUUCAAGACGAACAUUCGAGAAAAUGAUGGAUAAAAAAAUGCUGGAAGUUUUGUUUCUCAUUUUAGGUUUAUGUUCCAUUACAUUUAUAAGAGGUCAACCUUACCCUAACGAUGGUGAAGUUUCUGACAACGAAGAAGAUGAUCAAGUUUCUGACAACGAAGAAGAUGAUCAAGUUUCUGACAACGAAGAAGUGGAAUAUGAAGAAGAAUCUGAAAUUUCGGAUAAUGAAGGUGAUCAAAAUUUCGAUCCAGGUAAGAAAUACGUUAUUCUGAUACAAUUUUAAUAUGUACCUACCUACUAAGUACCUACUAAUUUUUUAAAAAC